CUCAGAUUUUGACAAAGCAAAAAAGCGAGAAAACAGAGAGAAAAGAAAGAGACGGAGACCACACCCUGAACUCAACUCAAAAUGAUUAGUGGGGCUUUAGCUUCAGCUUCCCCACAAACUUUUUCUUCUUCUUCUUCAUCAUCUCUCGUAUCUAAACCCAAAACCAGCUGUUACAGCUAUGCUUCCACCUCUGUCAGUGUUGCCAAGCUAAGCUUCUUGGAUCUGAAGCUUGAAAGCUUUGGACUUUAUGGAGUAAAGGGGUCAAGGAGAGGCAGCAGAGUCCACUGCACUACCGGACCUGGUGAGGGUGAUAGCAAGAGUGUUCUGGAUGCCUUUUUCUUGGGGAGAGCUCUAGCCGAAGCGCUAAAUGAGCGAAUUGAGUCCAGUGUCGGUGAGUUUUUGAGUACAAUUGGUAGGCUGCAAGCUGAGCAACAAAAGCAAGUAGAGGACUUUCAGGCAGACGUACUGGACAGAGCCAAGAAAGCUAAAGAGAAAGCAGCACGUGAGGCUGCAGAGGCACGAGGAAUUGUUUCAAAAUCUACUACAGAAAGUGUAACACCAGUCACCGUCACCAAUGGUGUUUCGCCAAUAACUCCAACAACCACCACCACUGUUGACACUCCUGCUGUCAGUCAACCUUCAUCGUCUGAGCCAACCCCCACAAUAACUGAGAAUGAACCAGGUCCUGCCGACGAGGAUACAUCUUCAGAGGUGCCAAUUGAUGAUUGAGUGAUUGACAUCCACCUGUUGAUUUAGAAAUCUUACACUUUUGAGCCAGUAAAGUUGGUUUCAUUGUGGUGUACAGCACCACUUAUCGUUUCGAUAAUAAGCUAUUAUAGUGUUUGGAGGCAUAUGGUUCUCCAUAUAUAUGGCAUAAUUGCAUAAAUUUGGUCUCUUAAAGUGGAUAGAUGACAUAAUUUGCUUCCUUAGAAA